UGAAAGGCUGCAAUGGAAAGACGGGGAAUAGAAGCAUUUUCAAUAGCGUUAUCCAUUAUGCAAGCUGUAAUUAGAGAACCCACGAAUCGAUAAGCCUUUCAAUGGAGCCCAAGAAUGAACCGGGAAAGCUAUACAGGGAGAAAAUAUUUGGAUUCAUUCGCCUUGAGUGUUUGCAUCUUUACUUUGGUUUCUCUCAGUGCAGGACCUUGAGGUUGCAUUGCCUAAUGACUUUAUAAAUGCAAUCACUCGGCCCCGAUUGUGACAUCGUUCAGUUGUCCAAUGAAUAAACCAAAAAUUACGAGACAUUAAAAACCUAUCAGGGAUUGCUUUUUCCCCAUAUAUAAACAAUUUUUCGGCUGGAAAAUACCUUAGAAGAUGAAGAAACCCCUCUUUGAACGCCUACGACCGGUGCCACUCACCAAGAGCGUCGUCUCUUCAGACGCCUGCAUAUAUUUUUAUCGCGCUGCAACAUUUUUGGGCUGGGUCCCACCCAAGGCGAGACUGCAUCGAUGGGCUUAUCUGCUCUGGACCUGCACAACCAUGGUGCUGGGGUUGGUGUACCUGCCGCUGGGUCUCACCCUCACCUAUGUGGUGCACUUUGACAAGUUCGCGGCGAGCGAGUUCCUCACCUCGGUGCAGGUGGACAUCAAUUGCAUUGGGAAUUGCGUCAAGGCCUGUGUCACCUUCUCCCAGAUGUGGCGCAUGCGAAGGAUCAACGCAAUGAUUGCCCCCCUAGAUGAGCGCUGUACGACACUGAACCAGCGCCAGAUACUCCAUAAGAUGGUGGCCCGGGGGAAUCGAAUCAUUGUGUUCUUUCUCAGCAUGUACAUAGGGUUCACCACCACGACGCUGUUCUCGUCGGUGUUCGCGGGAAAGGCUCCCUGGCAGGUGUACAAUCCGCUGGUUGACUGGCGGCAGGGCACGCGCCAGUUGUGGGAGGCCUCGCUCUUGGAAUAUAUCGUCAUUAACAUUGGUAUCUGUCAGGAGCUGCUCUCCGACAGCUAUCCGAUCGUUUUUUUGUCCAUAUUUCGCGGACAUCUGGCCAUUCUCAAAGAUCGCAUCAAGAAUCUGCGCUGCAACCCCGAGCUCUCCGAGAAUGAGAACUAUCAGCAACUGGUGGACUGCAUCAAGGAUUAUCGGACUAUCGUGCAGUGCUGCGAUCUUAUAAGACCCAUCAUGUCGGCCACCAUCUUUGCGCAGUUCAUGCUGAUUGGCAUCGUCGUGGGUGUGGCGUCCGUCAACAUACUGUUCUUCACCACCAGCUUCUGGAUGACCCUGUCGAACAUCAUAUUUAUCGCUGCCAUUUGUGCGGAAUCCUUUCCGCUCUGCAUGACCUGCGAACUCCUGAUUGAGGACUGCGAAUCCCUCGCCAGUGGCAUUUUUCACUCAAACUGGAUGGACGCGGAACGGCGCUACAGGUCAGCGAUAAUUUACUUUCUGCACAGGGUGCAGCAGCCCAUACAGUUCUGGGCUGGGGCCAUCUUUCCCAUAUCCGUGCAGAGCAACAUCACGGUGGCCAAGUUCGCCUUUAGUAUCAUCACUAUUGUUAAUCAAAUGAAUCUGGCAGAUAAGUUUCGAAAGGAAGCUUAAUGUUGGCGCCCAAAAACUCUUGUUUUCUGUACGUUUCAAUAUUUUCACUAUAAAAUACAAGUGAUUACACUCGAACUGAGCUUGUUCGAGUGAGUGAGCACUUGAGGCGGGUGUGCACAUUAUGAUAAUCAUAAUCAGAUAAUUCAUAGACGAAAGGAUAUUUUCUAAAGUGUUUAUAAAUGUGUCAAUUCCCACGUUGUAAUCAUUAGAUGAGGCGUUGCUGCCAUCAAGGAUUCAACAGCAAUCCGAAUAUUUUAUCAAGUUAUUAACCAAUUCUGGCUAAUUGGCCGUUGGGUGGAAGUUUUACUUGCACGUUAAUAAUAAA